AUGCCUACUCCCGGCCUUCUCUAUGUGACCAUGCAGCCCAAGGGCUCGCUGCCGGACACGCAAUUUCAUGACUGGUACAACACUGAGCAUGGCCCACUGCGUCUCCGUCUUCCCUUCGUCACCAAUGGCUUCCGCUUCCGUGCAACCGACGGCGAACAGCCCGAGUACGUGGCGCUGUACGAUAUCACCGACAUGGACGAAUUGACCCGCAAGACCUACCUAGAUCUCCGCACCGACCUCAUCAAGACUCAGCGAGAGAAGAAUACUAUGGCGCAGAUUGACGUGGGGCGUCUGCUAUACGACCUGGUGGAUGAGCGAAGCUCCCCGGACUUCCGCCCGCUCGAGGAUCGAGCCGACACCGAUGCCGAGACCCGCGGGAGCGUCCUCGUCGCAGUGACCACUGCCACCCACCCCGACCCCGAGAAGCAGGCCGAGCAUGACCGCUGGUACCGCGAGGAACACUUUGAGAUGCUCUCGCGUGUGCCCGGCUGGCGCCGCAGCCGUCUUUUCGUAACGGCCGCCAUUGACUCCGCUGCUCCGCGGGAGUGCCUGGCACUCCAUGAGUAUGCCCCCGUCAAUGGACUGGGCGGCGAGGUGCACCAGGCCGCCAUGAACACCCCCUGGCGUCAGCGUCUUCAGGAGACCGUCGUCACUUCCAAGAGACGCCGGGUCUACCAGUGGUAUUACACCUUUGGCCCGGCCCCGCGUGAGCUCUCGUCCCUAGCCCAACCCGAUUGUCUUGGGCCUUGGUCGUCGAACGAUGGCCGCACCCGCACCCUUCCAUCCACCACCACCCGCCCGGCGGUUGAGUCGUUUGUAACCACCAAGGACGGCGUCGAGAUCCCCUACCGCUUGGAAGGUAGCACCGACCCCCACGCUCCCGUGGUGGUGCUCAGCAACUCCAUUCUGGUCAACUGGAACAUCUGGGAUCGCUUCGUCGACUCUUUCUUUGCUCGCCCGCAGAAUCAGCGCUAUCGCGUGCUCCGCUACCUGACCCGCGGCCGUCGCGCGGCCAGCGGCGAGCAGCCCGUCAACAUCGACCUGCUGGCCUCCGACCUGGUCACCCUCCUGGAUGCACUCCGGGUGCCGCCCAAGGACGCCCGCUUGAUCGGUGUCAGUCUGGGUGGUGUGACUGUGCUCAACACCGCGCUCCUCUUCCCGGAGCGGAUUGCCGCUUUCAUCGCCUGCGACACCAACUCAUCCGCCCCCGAGUCCAACCGCAAGGCCUGGGCUGACCGGGUGUCGAUGGCUGAGCAGGAGGGUUCGACUGACCCGACGACCCAGGAGCCCAUUGUGGGCGAGCAGCUGGCCGAGAUCACGACCCGACGCUGGUUCGUCCCGGAGUCGUACGAGACCCAGCCCGAGGUCCUGGCGCCGGUCAAAGAGGCCGUGCGCACCAACAGCCUGAAGGGCUUCGCCCACAGCGUCCAGGCACUCUGUGCCUACGACAUCCGCGAGCGCAUGGCGGCGGCCACCGUGCCGGGUCUGUUCGUGGCCGGCGCUAACGAUGGUGUCCUACCUCAGACAAUGCAGAAGAUGGCGGCAGACCUGGCCGGUGAUGCGGAGCUGAAGAUCAUUGACAAGGCUGGUCACUUGCCGAUGGUGGAGCAGCCCGAGGCCUUCGCGGAGGUUGUCACUGAGUUCCUGGGUAAGAUUGAUGGUUAA